AUGGUCGCAAAGAUCAACUUGGCCCACAUGCCGCCGGGACUGGCGCUCUACGUGGCCGUGUACACGGACCUGGAAAAUGCGCCCUUUCUGAAGGAGCAAUUACUAGCUGGCAAUGCUGACUUCGAGUACGCCUUUAUCGAUGCAAACAUGGUCGUCUCCACGAAACACGUCCUCGCCGCGGCUUUCCGUGCCAUGAACGACUAUCUCCAUGAUCGGCUGAAGUCACGGAACGUCCAUUCCGAGACCGUCUUCUCGUUGAGUCCUAAUAACAAUAUUGGCGAGGCUUUCCGCAGAUUCGGGGUGAGCGAAACAACAAAGAACUUGCUCGUACUCAAGGUCGCUACGAGCCCUGAAAUUACGCUAGAAAGUGUCAGCCAACAUCUGUCAGCGAAUAUCAAAGGACAAGAAUGUGCCUUUAGUGAUGCCAUAUUUGGGAAAGUGGCAGACGUCGAGCGGAUCAGGAAGGUCUAUAAAUUGAGGGCUGCCACUUCUCCAGGUCGAUCAACUGCCAAUGCGAAUGGAGACUAUGGCUCCAGCUCCAACGGAUCGGAAGACCUCGAGGUCCAGAUCCUGGGACUGAUGGCUCUUCGAGGCGCAACCUGA